CGCACCGAUCUGAUGCAAGUGGAAUGAAUUGAGGAGCUAGCGGUUCUGUAACACUACACGUCAGAAUAAACGAUGGAAGGCUGUCAGGAAGACGGCUCGCCUGAUCUGACCCCCAUGGGACUGUAUGAGAAGCUGAACGCCCAGGGAGACAAAGUUCGAACCCUGAAGUCACAGAAGGCUGCUAAGGCCGACGUUGACGCUGCCGUGCAGUUGCUGCUGAAGCUGAAAGUCGACUAUAAAAAAGUCACCGGUCAAGAUUACAAGGCUGGUUGCCCAUUGACCGAUGUCAUCGUCACGAGCGAUAACGGGCCAGCUGUGGAGGAUGGAGAUGACCAAGUGGACCCCUGGAACGUGUCCACUACGAGUGCCAAAGGAGUGGACUAUAACAAGCUCAUCGAGCGAUUCGGGAGCAGUAAGAUUGAGCAGGAGCUGAUCGACAGAAUAGGUAGAGUGACUGGCCAGACGCCUCACCGCUUCCUCCGCCGUGGAGUCUUCUUCUCACACAGAGAUAUGCAUCAGGUCCUGGAUGCCUACGAGAACAAGAAGUCCUUUUUUCUCUAUACGGGUCGAGGACCUUCAUCGGAAGCCAUGCACGUGGGUCAUCUCAUCCCCUUCAUCUUCACCAAGUGGCUCCAGGACGUGUUCGACGUGCCGCUGGUCAUUCAGCUGACCGACGAUGAGAAGUACCUGUGGAAGGACCUGACGCAGGAGCAGUGUUACCGCUUCACCGUGGAGAACGCCAAAGACAUCAUCGCCUGUGGAUUCGACGUCAACAAGACGUUUAUCUUCUCAGAUCUGGACUAUAUGGGCACGAGUCCGUCUUUCUAUCGGAACGUCCUGAAGGUCCAGAAGCACGUGACGUUUAACCAAGUGAAGGGCAUCUUCGGAUUCACAGACAGCGACUGCAUCGGAAAGAUCAGCUUCCCUGCGGUCCAGGCGGCUCCGUCCUUCAGCGGCUCCUUCCCUCAGAUCUUCAACGACAGGAAAGAUCUGCAGUGUCUCAUCCCCUGUGCAAUCGACCAGGACCCGUAUUUCCGCAUGACGCGAGACGUGGCUCCCCGGAUAGGCUACCCCAAACCCGCCCUGCUGCACUCCACCUUCUUCCCCGCGCUACAGGGAGCUCAGACCAAGAUGAGCGCCAGUGAUGCCAAUUCUUCCAUCUUCCUAACCGACACGCCCAAACAGACCAAGAACAAGGUAAACAAGCACGCGUUCUCCGGAGGGCGAGACACCAUCGAGGAGCACAGGAAGCACGGCGGCAACCCGGACGUGGACGUGUCCUUCAUGUACCUGACGUUCUUCCUGGAGGACGACGAGCAGCUGGAGAAGAUCCGACAGGAUUACACCAGCGGGGCGCUGCUGACGGGCGAGCUGAAGAGACUCCUGGUCGAGACCCUGCAGCCGAUGAUCGCCGCUCACCAGGAGAGACGCAGACAGAUCACGGACGAGACGGUGGCGCAGUUCAUGACUCCGAGGAAGCUGGCCUUCGAUUUCUAGACUGAAGGAAGCGAGGAGGGGUCAUGUGAUCAUUCCGUGUAGGGCGGUGCACAAACGGCAAGCACCGCGACGAUGUACAGCAUGAGGUUGUGUUGAAUAAAGAUGAAUUUAUCACAGAA